CAAUCUCGAGACAUUCACCUCUACUACAACAACGAAGACAACAUACAACAUGGAGAAAAUACAUGAGACUAUUUGACGAAGGAAAUCAAAAAAUGGCACAUACUUGCCGGAAAAUGAAGCGACAGUACAUCGACGCAUAUCGGUCACUAACGAAUACGCGAAAUCUGUUGGUUUUCGACGAGGAAUACCAGAAUACGUGAGGAUUUUUGUCAAUAUAAAACCGUCAUAAUCCAAGAAGUAAAAUGGCUACGGCUGUUGGUUCCGAGAAGGGUUCUGAACGGACUGCGAUGGAGAGGUUCGGUAGCGGAGGGAUGGCGCUUCUGCCUUGGACUAAACAGAUGCUCACCGUGCUGUGGGAGCAGCUUCGACUGCUGGUUCAGGUCAUAUACUACACCUUCAUGUCAGUUUUCCAGAUGUUCAGGUUUGAGCUUCACGUGAGAAUCACAGACGAGACAGGUCAACACAUCCAGCACAUGACCACGGCAGCAAACCCAACCGAGUCCUUCCUGUUCUCCUCGUUGUUUGACGGAGACAACGGAGUGAUGGUUGGAGGUUCAAAUCCCCUUUCUAACUUCUGUGCUGACGUGGGCGACUCCUUCGCUGGGAAAUCCACCGCCGAGGCCCUGCUGUCCACUCUGCGUGCCGACGACCUGUGCUGCGGACUGGUGGAUGAUUUUGUGUCCGGCAAAGAAGACGCCAUCUUUCUGGGACACCAAUCCAGCUGGAAAAUGGGCUUCCCUGGCGACUGGAACAUCUUUGUAUCAAGCAGCGACAGCUCUAGUUCAAACGACGCCUGCCAUAAAAGUAGUGACAAAGUCUUCCAACAGGACGCUUCAGAAGAGGAGAGGAGUUUUCACUGGAGUAGCGAAGAAGACCAGAACGUAGUCGAAUUUGAAAGUGAGGAAAGUAAGGCGCUUUGGGAGUCUCUGUCAAAAUCUAGUGAUCCUUACAACCCCUUCUUUUUCUCUGCGUGCAUUUCAACAAACACAAAUAUGGGGAGAAGUAAAGGCAAAGCGACGGACAGCGAUACUGACCUCAUGUCAGUUAGCAAGUCCAGCGAGGAGAUGUUGGGGCCUCAAGGCCUCAACAUCUGGGUCAGCCGUUCUGACAGCGAGAGCAGUUGGAGCAGCUGGGCCAGUUCUGAAGGUUCGGGCCCCGACAUUGACGAGGAGAGCGAGAGGCUCCUGGAGUUCUUCAGCAGUCCCGCCGACCCCUACAAUCCCAUGUGCUUCACUGCGUCCAAAUUCAGCAGCACAUCAUCUCAAACCAAGACCGUCUCUAAACAACAGACCUCACUUCCUGCACCCCCUUUCAAGUCGGACACGGAGGAGAAGGAAAGCAGCUUUCCUCCUUCAUCCGAGGAUGAUGAAGAGCAGCUGUGGAAAUCUCUUUCCCAAAAGGAUGACCCGUACCAUCCUCUGAACUUUCAUGCCUGCCUCCAGAGCUCCCCAACAACAACACAGAAGUUUGGAGAAGAUUCAGAUCCCGUUGAUGUUCACCACUCAAAAGAUCCAUCCACGAAGGCAAAGAAAUGUAAACAAGAAGCAAAAACACUCCAAAAACCCAGACCCACCAAACCCUCCCUGCCAGAGAGACAGUUUAAGCAUCACUCCCACCCAGACACAACCCUGGUGCCCUGGACGAGACCUGUACAAACACCUUCGAUGUUACCAGAGGAGAAGAAGGAAAGCACGGCCAGCACCACCCAGAAAAAGGUGCGAUUUUCUCCUCUGGUCCAAGUCCAUGUCAUGAGAACCUGGCCGUUUGCUCGCCAGGCGUCUCGUAAAGGACACUGGGAAGAAAUGGUGCGAGACCGGGACCGCUUCCGGAGGCGGGUCCAGGAAACGGAACAGGCCAUCGCAUACUGCUUCACCCAGCAGCACAGAGAGGGGGUCCGGGCGUAUCGGGACGGUGCCUUGAAAUAAAUAAGUCCUGAACACUGAAUGUUUUAUUUGCUUUUCGGAUGAGAACUUGUGAUUGGUUGCAAUGCAACAGUGAUUUUGAUUUAGAAAUUUGAUGUUAGGCCAACUUAAAUGUUCGGUGUCAAGUUGAACAACCUUGUACCUCAUAAGGUUUUAUACAUUUGGUGGCUGUUGCACUGACUGACACUUUCUCAUAUUAAGCUCAGCAUUGACGUGUGGAAUGUUGUUUUUGUAUGCCUUAUAUACUGACCUAGUAAUGUAACUUAUUUAUGCCCUAUGGAGCUUGUUAUUUAUUUUUUACAGUUGGUUUUAACUGUGUUUUUAUAUGUGUGAACAAACUGCAGUGGUGAAUCUAGACGUUAAAAGUAGACGAUGGUAUCGUACGAGUGUUGCGGUACAAAGUGUUUUGUUUAAGCAUGAUGUAUAGAUAUCAAGUUCUGGUGCGAUUCUUGUCUUAUUGUUGCGUUAUCUUUUAGCGCUUUGUGUUUCCUUGUUUGAUGGCGCAUCAUAGCCUUUUAGUGUGUGUGGAGAUGGAAUUGUUUAUUAUUAUAUUCACAGGAAAGAUUCAAACACUUUGUCCUAUGUGACGCACUCAGAUUGUCAUGGUAACAUCAUGUAGUCAGAAAUGUGUCAAAGAAAGUCUGUGGCAAAAUAAAUACAAUUUGUUACCCUA